CCUGCUUUCUCGCUUUCGAUCUCCAUCAACUUCUGAUAUUCCUUUCGUAUCUUUAACUCCUUCACUACAAGAGCUUGUUUAAAGCUGCCUGCUGAGCUUAAUCCACCGUCCCGAAGCAUCCACGAUGUUCAGGAACAACUACGACAAUGAUGCGGUCACCUUCUCUCCGCAAGGCCGGAUAUUUCAAGUAGAAUAUGCGCAGGAGGCAGUGAAACAGGGUUCCGUCGUGGUUGGACUGGUCAAUAAGACACAUGCCGUGCUGGUUGGCCUCAAGAGAAACGCCGAAGAGCUCUCCUCAUAUCAGAAGAAAAUCAUCGAAGUCGAUUCGCACAUGGGCGUCGCUAUCGCCGGUCUUGCAUCAGACGCCCGCGUGCUCUCCAACUACAUGAAGCAACAGUGUCUCGGCUCCCGAAUGACCUACGGCCGCCCCAUGCCUGUGAACCGCAUUGUCUCUCAGAUUGCCGACCGUGCUCAAACGAACACGCAACAGUAUGGAAAGCGGCCAUACGGUGUUGGUUUGCUUGUUGCUGGGGUGGAUGAAGCUGGUCCUCAUCUAUUCGAGUUUCAGCCUUCCGGCAUGACUCAGGAGAUGCUGGCCUGCGCUAUUGGAGCACGGUCCCAAAUGGCGCGGACCUACCUGGAGCGCAACCUAGACAAGCUUCAGGAGUCCAGUCGGGAUGAGCUCAUCACCCAUGGCCUAAGAGCUCUUAAGGAGACUUUGUCUCAGGACAAGGAGCUGACAGUAGACAAUACGUCUGUCGGUGUGGUGGGUCUUGCGGACACUGGGAAGGUUGAGAGUUUCAAGCUCUACGAGGGACAACAGCUCCUACCGCUCUUCGAAGCGCUGGACCAGUCAGACGCAAGCGAGACAAAGGAUGAAGAGAAUAUGGAGGUCGAUUCAUAAACAUGAACUUAUGCACACUUAUGCCAUAGACAUGAAAAUUGCCUUACCUGGCAUGGGAAUAAUACGACAGAAUUUCAUUCCUGCGA